GGACCAACACUUUACAUGUUGCGUUUAUAUUUUGUUGUUCAGUAUAGAUUACAGUAGCCUACUGUAGAGGCGUGGUCGAGCCAGUCUAUAUAAAUCGUGACGCCUUUAGUCUGGCGCUCCUUCUACUCGUCCCGACUCUGCAAAGGCUGUGUUUGUGUGCGCCACCGUAAGCCGCUACCCGAGAUGCGCCCGGCAUCUUGAAUAAGAAAGUCCCACUGAGAAAAGACAUAGGCCUACUAGGAACUUUUUAAGGGUAGCAAUAUCGAGUACGUGGACAAGAUAUAGGAAAACGAUAUACAGUGAUUUUUGCAGAAUUACAGUUGGUGGUGAUUUGAAGUUCGAAGACAUGAGGAUUCUACGAGUUGCGCUCCUGCUCGUCCAUGCAUUUGGUAAGUAUCAAGUUACACUUUUAUAUCUCAAGUCAGAUUAUAUAGUUCCUUUUCUGUAGCAUUUAUACUUUAACAUUGGAUUAACUAUUGGUGGUAAUAGUUUCUCCUAGACUUGAUUCCUCCUAAGUGGUCUAUUUCGUAUUCAUAAGAGACAUGUCUUGGAGUUACACUUGUUGACUGUACAAGAGUGUGAACUUUUCAAGCAUGACCUUCUGAGCAUGUCUCAUACACUUUUAAAAGAAGAGUUAAUGAUUUUCAUAAGGUGUAGGCCUAUGCUAUUCAAGAACGAAGUGUGGUCAUAUUUCUAUUUUAAAACAUGCUUUAUGUAACUGGAUAUACUUAUUUUUACCUCAUAUUCUUGAACAUUAGCUAACUGUCUGUCUAUGCAACAUUUUGUGUACCAUAGCCAAGCAGGAUUAUAGUCUCUCCUGUACAGAAUACUGUACAUGCAUGAUGUUUAUGGGUGCCUCACAGUUCUUGGAGCUGAAAUGCAACUAUCCAGUUGUAUAGGCUCACCUGGAGGGGCCGUGGGGCCUCAUGCAGGGCUCUUAGUCUAGAGACACGUUUCAACUUGACAUGUUUCAAACCCCUCCAUUUUCUUGGCACCUGAAUUAAUUACUGUGUUGGAAAGUAAAGCUUGUGUUCUCAGUGAGCAAAACUGCUUGAAAAUACCUAAUUUCAACCAGUUUUGCCUUUGAAAUUAUGUAUUUUCAACCAGUGUUGUUCACUUGGUUAACUCCUCACAGUGUCAGUCAGAAUCUAGUCUACAUCUCUAAACCACAGACUACUGAAUGGUGUGGCAUCAAUAAUGAUAAAAUGUUAACCUUGUGUUUCCCAGUGGUCUCGAGGUUGGUGAGCGGAGCUGUGGUGGACAGGUAUGAGAGUGAGAGGCCAUCGCAGCACACAGCAUUUAUCAACCUGUUGGAUGUCCUGAGCGACAGCACGAUGGAGGGAGGGAUGGAGAAGAGUAAUCACGGAGUGGAGGGUCCAGUGUUGGAGGAUGAGGAGUACUAUGAUUACUACCAUGAAGAUGAAGAAGAUGCCUCAGGGGAAUAUGAGGUGGAAUUACCUCGAGUUGCAUUGUCGACUAAACCUCAAGACCCAUCGGCCAUCUUGGAAGCUGAGAGGAGUGAGGGGAAGAGGAGGAGAGGAAAGGGGAGGAAGAAGGGAAAGGGAAAGAAGAGGAACCCUUGUCUGAAGAAGUAUAAGGACUUCUGUAUCCAUGGCAGCUGUCAUUACCUGAGGGACAUCAAAGCUCCGUCAUGCAUAUGUCGUCCCAGUUACUCUGGGGAGCGGUGUCACCUGUUCACGCUGGCUUCAGAGGGGAGGGACGUGGGAGGAUACAGCAGGACCACAGCCCUGGCUGUGGUGGCAGUGGUGUUGUCCUCUGUCUGUCUCACCAUCAUAGGCCUGCUGCUGGUGCUCAGGUUUCACAAGAGAGGAGCGUACGACGUAGAGCAUGAGGAGAAGGUGAAACUGGGAUCAUCGCCCAACCACUGAAGAGCUGGAGAGAAGGGACAGGAUAGGGAAAUUCUACCUCAAAAUAGAAAAGAAGAAGUGGAAAUAAGCCAAGCGAUAACCCAGAGAGACUUGGUAUGGCAGAGAGGGGGACUGGAUGGCCGUGACCUGGACACAUAGCCCCACCCCAUCUCACUGAUGAACAGAUGUGAUUGGGUAGCUCGAUUCUGCGGUAAGCCCUGCAACCUAUCAGGAGAGAGCCUGGCUAAAACUGGAACUCUGAUUGGCUGGGAGAAAAGACUGGAGUGGUGAUAACAAUAUGGAAGCUGAGAUGAAGAGAAGGAACAUUUCUGGGCCCGUAUCCACAAAGUGUCUCGAGGAAGGAGAGCUGAUCUUGGAUCAGUUUUGCCUUUAGGUCAUUGUGAAUAUCAUUAUAUUGACAGGCCUAUAUCAGCACACUCCUAUCAGAGAUGCUUUGUGGAAACGUCCCUGGAUUCAGUGCUGCUUCUUGGCUAUGUUAAAAAGACUACCAGGAGUCUCAGCCUAAAAGGACACCAUCUUCUCUUCAUCUGCCAGAAACAGAGAGAACCCUGGUCUUUCUUCAACAGGAGGGUUUUUACCAAUCAGCAUUUUGUAUUUUCCUUCACAUGCUCAUUCUUUGUCGUUUUCUAGUGUACUGUAAAACUUUUAUUUAUACCAUAUAUUUGUCUUUUAAUUUAUUUAUUGAUGUGAUGUUGCUAUAUUUAUGCAGAUAUUUAACUCCUUCUUCCACCCAAAGAUGCACUUCCAGUUUGUAAAGGUUAUCUAUAAGGUCAUCUUUGUGUUUUUAUAUUUAAAUGUUAAAUAAUAUUUAUUGAUGAAAAUGAAGAUAAAAUGAAUAAAAAAUGUACAGUAUAUUUGGAGAAAUAGACAUUUCAACGUAAGCGUCCUCUUGGUCUCAUAGAUAUACCUGAUUACUGACUUUGAUAUCAGCACUCUGUGUACAGGCUGCUCAGAACACACACCACUGUGAUUAGUUGGUUGAUUGAUUGAUUGAUUCAAUAAACAACAGUGUGGUGUACUAUACCAAUGUACCACUGACAGGUCUCUGUGUGUACCAUUAUGACGUGGUUGCAUUGGUCUUCUGUGUUUGACUCUGAAGAAGACAUACAAAACAUCCAGACAUAGAAGUGAAUUGAAUAGAAAUUACUCUACUCUAGAAUCCCAAAAUAUAGAAUAUAGGAAAUAUUCUAGAAUGUUUAUAAUCUAGAAUCCAGUUUAAAUAUUUCUGUAUUACAAUCAGGAUGUGGAAUAGAUCCAAAGAAAACUCUGGUGCCUUGUCGAGUCCAGUCAUUGUAGCGAGUGUUGGAAGAUAGAAACUUACACAAGUGGUGUAGUUUUAUUGUCUUUGAGAAAUGAGUAGGACAUAAAUCUCCCAAAAUGUUAUCUCCAAUUUCUGUUAUUUAUUUCUGUUACCAUGCCGGUUGUGUUGUCUUGUUUUAGCAUGGUGGGUGUGGUGAUGGAUAUACUAUAGUUACUGUAAUAUGGUUAUUUACUGUACUGUAAUAUACACUGAGAUCCAUACUAAGAUCAUGAUGAAAUGUGAAUUCA